AUAAUGAGAAAGGUUAGUCUUUUAUUAUUAGCGCUCAUUUAUGUGAAUGCAAUAGAUCCAAGCAUGGUUUAAUUAGGUACAGCAAAGCUUGAUGAAUUGAAUUAAAGUAAUUUGGGGAAAAUGAUCUUAGAAUUAGCAUAAACUCAUGCAGAAAUGAGAGGACCAUUAGGUAAUGUAAAUUAAUUUUAACAGAAACUUAGAUGAUUUGGUAACAGCCAUUGGUGAUUUAGAAAAUGAAUUAACUGCUGAAUUACAAUAAUUAGAUGAUGAUUAUACAAGAUCAACUAAUUAACAUGCUGCUACUUAAGAGAAUUUAGAUAUUCAAAUUGGAUAAACUGAAAUCAAUAUUUUUAAUUAAAAAGACUUUAUUGAUGCUAUUCUUUUACCAAGCAUUGAUUAAACUAAUUCAAAGAUUGAAAGAUUGAAUGGAUACAUUAAUGAUAAUAGAGAUAAUUUAUCAAAAGAAACAUUUAAUAGAUAAAAAUAACAUUAAUAAUUUUUAGAUAGAGGUAUAAUUAUAUCUUAAUUUUUAAGUAAGUGAACAUUAAAGUGCAAUUAGUGCAGUUGAUGAGGCAAUAUAAUUAAUUAAUGCACUUAUAAAUGGAAAUAUUUCAUUUGCUGAAAAGGGUACCAUCAAUCAAGCAAUUGACAGAAUUAAUACUAAAACAUAAAAAACUAAUACAGUUCAUCCUAUUGUUGAAGCUCUUAUGUCAUUAACAUAAAAUUUUUCAGACUAAGAAUAAGCUAAAAAAAUAAGAGAUCUAUUGUCAGAUACAAGAAAUUAAUUAGUAGCAAGUCUUAAUUAAGAAACUGCAGAUGAAAAUUAAAUUGAGUAAACUUGGGUUGAAAGAUAAAAAACAUUAAAUACUGAAUAUUAAGAAUUCAAAAGAUCAGUAUUAGAAGCUACUUAUGUUUUAGCUACAUAUUAAAGUAUAAUAUUAAUUUAUUUAGGUAAAUUAAAGUCAACUAGAGAAGCUUUGGCUGAAAAUGAGAGCGAUCUCCAAAACUUUAAAGAUUCUUUAUGUAAAAAUAUUUUAUAUUAUUUUAUUUAGAAUAAGAUAAAGAUGCUUAAGCUUAAGAAACAUAAAUUUAUAAUGAAUUAAAGAGUCAGUACUUAAUAUAAUUGCAAACUACAAGAAAUGCUAAAGAAUUUGUUAAUUCUGCUGAAUUCAGUACUGUUAUUAGACAAAAGUUAAACUAAGGUGGAUUAAUCUGAUACAUAUAUGCAAUUAAUAUCAAUAUUUUAACAUCCGAA